GAAAGGAAAGAAAAAUCCUUCAAACUAAGUAGACAAGGUAGGAUACCAGCUAGUACUUAUAGAAAACGCUCGUGAGAGCGAGUAGUGAGCUCUAGAUCGCCGAGGUGAAGACCAGAGGAGCUGGGGUGGCUGCCGGCGAGCUAAAUUAGGUGGACGUUUUGGUGGUUGUGGAGUUACUGAUGAGAGAGAAAUUUAGUAAAUAUAUGACUUAAAGUUGCAUUGUUCAUAGCGGUUUUAAGGUUAAACCACACCGGUUAACGAUUUUACCCAAUCUUGCCUUUCGACAAACCACCUAUAUUUAUCGUGACGAUAAACUGGGGAAUAAAAUUCAUCUAGCCAUUAACGCAUGACAUCCAGUGAGUAGGAAGACCAAAAAAUUGAAGACUCAAAAGUAGGAAGCAAUAGCAGACAAUAGCAGUUCUUGUGAAUUUCUUCUUCUUCAUCCAGAUAAUUUGGUGUAGAGCUGCAAACUGAUGUCCCGAAGGCGCAAUGCUAUUGUAGCUGCAGGAUUAGUUGUUUUUGCCACAGCUGGUUUGACAUUUCCUUUCUACAUGGCAUCAUCGUCUAAGAAACAGCCUGUCAUUGACUCAUCGAAACCCUUACCACCUCAGGCAACCUUUCGAGGACCAUAUAUCAACACUGGUUCACGUGACGUUGGACCAGAUCAUCGUACUUAUCCAAAAAAAUAAUAAAGUUCUAUGGUUACCUGACUAGUAUUUUCCCCGAUAAUUGUUGUAACUGGAAUUUUAGAAUGUGAAUACAAUAGCCUUAUAAACUAUUUUGUUACAGUAAUAUUGAAGUAAUAAAGGCAUAUUGCAAUCAAUUGCAUUUUUGCAUGAUUGUUUUAUUAUUA